AUGGCAACGAAGUCAGUUUCAACCUUCGCCAUCUUUUUCAUCCUCUUUUUGGUUGUCUUUGAAGUGCCGGAGAUAAAAGCGCAGGGUAGAAAGUGCCUUGAAGAAUAUGGCGGUAACGUGGGUUUCAGCUACUGUGCGCCUAGAAUAUUUCCGUCCUUCUGUUACCGGAACUGCCGUAAGAACAAAGGCGCGAAAGGUGGAACAUGCCGUUCAGGAAAGGCCGGCGCUGGUGGUAUGACGUGUUUAUGCGACUAUUGCAGCGACAAACCAUAA